AUGGAUACUAGCGACGCCGAGGGAGACGCGGCUGAUCCCGACGACAGGCCGACAUGUAUCACACCCCCUGCGACAGGGCUUCAGUUUCUCCGCGCUGUGCAUGCAGAUAACGCUCGCGAUGAGGAGGAGCUGGGCGAUGGCGGUACCGAAUGGAUGCGCCGUCCUGGCAAGGAAAGUGGCGGCAUGGAAGAUGCGUACGACGAUUGGUGUCCUUCUCCGCGCCCGAUGAAUGACGCUGCUGAGUCCGACGGUGUUGAGGAGUGGAUCGCCUCGCCGCGAAACGAGGUUGCUGCAGAGCCGGCUGAAACGGUUGCAACGCAGGUCGUCGAUGCGGCCACUCCUGAGUCAUCCGGUUCAGUCGCUGUGAAGAAGCGACGGUACACGCAGCAGGUUUUGCAGUGGGGAACACCGCCUCCGAAGCCCGUCGCUCCACCUCCCCGUGCUGCCCCACCCCCCAUUCGUCCCCUUACAGACGAGGAGAAGAAGGAGAAGGCGUACCUGAAGGCGCAGAAGAGCUACAAGUCUGAUUGGCUGCCGAAGUUUGACUGGCUGAUUCUGGACAAGACGCCAGAGGGUGACCCGUGCCUGCGCUGCAGUGUCUGUAUGGAGCACGGGAAGGACAACGCGCGUUACGGUCGCAAUGGCGCUGGCGGUCGUGAUCUGCAGAUCGGGUCGAUGCGGUGGCACGAGAACAGCGCGAAGCACGAGGACGCCAUGAACAAGCAGGCAAACCUUCUGCAGAAGAUCGUGGACCAGAAGAAGAUUGAAGACUUCGCGAAUGGAGAUCCGGAAGGCUGUCGCGUCGCGGUACUCAUGCGCGCCAUGCGUUUUGUGUGCCGUACCGACACACCCAUCCACAUGUACCCACAGGUCGUGCAGCUUCUCGCAGAGGAGGGGGUCGCCAACAUUCCGCAACAAAGCUAUGGAGUGUACAUCACGCACGAAGCACUUGCUGUGAAGGAGACGGCCGAAGCCGAGCAGUUCCAAGAUUUCCGGAUGGUAGACAAGGCCAUCCGUGCAGUGGGCGAGAUCGUGGGGAGAUCCACGCCGUGGUACGAGCGGUUCAAAGAGCUCCAGAUCGUGAUCCACAGCACCAACCUCGAGCACCAGGGACUGUUCGACGUGCGCUGGCUCUCCCGUGCCGAUGCGGUCAACCGGCUUGUCAAGAUUUUGGGGUCGGCAAUCGUGCUCUUUCUGGAGUACAAGCACAAGAUCGCCUCGGUUGUGGAGGUGACGCAAGUCACAGAGGAGGUCGACCGUGUGGUGUCCCUCAUCGAGCACCGCUACAUCGACUACGAUGGUGGUUUCGGGGCGGGUUUGAGCCCCAUCCUGUCUCCAUUCAUGGCACGUGUCAAGAAAGGGGACAAGAAGGUGAAGGUGGACGGCGUGGACGCUAGCGGCAUACCCGUCAAGCACACCUUCGAGCUCAGCGAGCUGCAGGACAAGAAGCACAAGUUCGGCGGGACGCUUGCAGAUUGCGUGAAGUUGGGCAAGGCCUUCGCCCGCGAGGUCGUGUACAACCUGAAGCACCGCAUGCGAGACCUUCGUCGAAUGGGCGGCUUGAAGCUUUUCAGGGUGGACAAGUGGCCAGCGAAUCCGGACACGCGUGUGAGACGUUGUGCCACGUGGCUCCGCGAGAACUCUAAACUCUUCGACCACCAGCUGCCAGAUGUCGUGGACAUCUGGCGCAAGCAGAAGAAGAGGCGGCCUACAAAAUCCCCUGCACCCUUCCAACCAGCCAAUGACAAGGGCGGGCCAGAGGCCAGUUCGGACGACGAACGGGAGGAUGACGUGGCUUACGAUGAGUGA